GUUAACGAAAAGUAUAUACUUCAUACAAUAAAGAAGAGUAUAUAUUGGAGCUGUAGUUUCUUUCAUAAGCUGACCGACUCUUUAUUUGGCGGCGCUUAUUUGAUUUAUUACUUCAAAAGAAAAGUUCUUUUUGUUUUCUCUUUUUAUAAUCUUCAACUCCCUACUUGUGUGUGUUGUCUAAAUGUCUAUAUAUAUAUAACGGUCUGUUUAAGAAACUUGCAUUGGUACUAGUUUGUUCUUGUCAACCUUGUUGAAAAGUAUAUAUUGUAAACUUUUGCGUUUCUGUAUUGGAGGUUUUGGUUGAGUUUUCUUUUUGAUUAUUGCAUGUGUAUCUACAAGGUGGCGAAUUCAAGAGACAAAAUAUCUAACAGGAGAAGACAUGAAGAUUGGGAUAGAGAUGAUAAUUAUAAUGUGUUGGAAUCGAUGUUUUCGGGUAAUAUUAAUAGAGAAGAGGAGAUGUCUGUCAUGGUUUCUGCACUAACCCAUGUUGUUGCUGGUGAAGAUAGAUUGAAUCACCAAAUCUUGACUGAUGAAAAUGGUGCAGCUGAGAAUAAUCUUGGUUCAGGUUUCUCUGCAGUUUCUUGGGGUGUUGGAGAGAAAAGAGGACGUAAUGAAGAGCAAAGUGGCCAUCAUUUCUUACAUUUUGGAAGUUCUGAUAUUAGAUCAUCAGGUGGCGAAGGUACAAGCAUUAGGACAAUUACCAGCAGCACACCAACAACAGAAGCAACAUUUAUAUACACUUCCACAAAUGAUAAUCAGAACAGUAGCAGUGAUCAAUCUAGUGGAGGAGAUAAUAAUAAUAAUAAUAAUAAUAAUAAUAAUAGUCAACCAAAAAGAAGAUACAGAGGAGUUAGACAAAGGCCAUGGGGUAAAUGGGCAGCUGAAAUAAGAGAUCCAUAUAAAGCAACAAGAGUUUGGCUUGGAACUUUUGAUACAGCUGAAGCAGCUGCUAGAGCUUAUGAUGAAGCUGCUCUUAAAUUCAGAGGUAGCAAAGCCAAACUCAAUUUCCCAGAAAAUGUUAAACUCUUGCCAUCUCCAGUAUUAUCUGAUUCUCCAAAUACACUUUAUUCCGUUUCUUCAUCGCCCGAUCCAAUAGUUCAUACUUCUCUGUAUCGUCCCAAUUUUAUUGGAUAUCCCCUAAGGGACGAUGAGCCAAUACUUCACACUUCUCAGUAUCGUUCCAAUUUUAUUGAACGUCCCCGAACGGACGAGCCAAUACUUCACACUACUCAUCAUCAAGCUUUGAAUAGUAGUAGUACUGAUUUAAAUGCUCAAAUUUUUACCAAUGAUGAUGAGUUUCUUAGGCUGCAUGUGCCUUAUUUUCCGAAUAUGUUUUUAUCUCCUGUUCAGCCAGAUGCUAGUCAGAGCGAACUCGUAACUGAAACUCUAGCUCCGCCCCCGAGUCAGAAUAGUGGGAGCUCUGACUCGGGAGCGAUUUUCAAACUGCUGCUUCUAAUUGGUCAAAUUCAGCUUAUGAUCACCCUUCUUCUUCUUCUGGAUAAUAUUAUGUAUUGUACUUGAAUAUUUCAUCUUCUUAGAAGAUUUGACUAGCUAGCUAGCUAGUACAUUAAUUAUAUCCAUCACACGAGGUGAUUUUUUUUAAUGUAUUAGUGAACAAGAAUUGGCCAGCAUUGUCAAAAUUCAUAGGAGUACGUGGAUUAAGGUCUUCUUUUCUUUUUUGUUAGUUUUGGUGAUAUAUUGUUUUGUUAGAAGUACAUCAAUAAUGUACGUAAUAAUCCUCGAAACAAAAUCCACGUAUCCUUUUUGUUUGUGAUGCCAAA